CCUGCAAAAUGGCGAUGGCGAAAGGCAUGUCUUCAGAGAGGGGCCCUGCAUUGAAGCCUAAGGGGAAAGGGCUUCUAAGGCGUCCACUAGCACCAGUCAAACCCAAGGACUCUGUGUAUUUGAAAGACUUUCCUACAGAUACAGUUGAGAUGUACUUGGCUUCUACAAUGACUCCUGAUACCAGGGACCAGUUAUCUCCUAUUCCAAGUGUUGCCCCAAGUUUAGCAUCUGGAUUUCAUGAAAGUGAUAUCAAACGGAGAUCAUCUUCCAAAAAAACAGAUCAGUAUAAUAAAACGUAUCCACGCUCACCAAUGAACACAGUGGACAGUGUAUAUCUAUUAGAAGCACAGUAUCGACCAAAAACUGAAGCUGCAACAUUCACAAGUACUUCAUUGAUCAAACCAUACAAGCCACGUGGGCCUGAUGGGUUACCGCCAAGGCUACCAAAACAAAACCCUGAAAUUAAACAUGAAUUCUUAUAUACUGACUCAUGUGAAUAUUUACCCAAACCAGAGUUCACAUUGGAAGACUUUUUAUUGGAUCAUAAUGAAAUUAAAAUGAUGCCAAAGAAACAAAUACACCAUGCCAUGUUAUCCAAGCAGAAUUUUAAAAAGUUGACAACUUUAUUUGCCACGUUCAAUAAAUUACCUAGACAAGAAAAAGUUAACACAUUGGAACUGAAAACUGAUAGUAUUCCUAAAGCAACACAACGUGUACCUCAGAGACAGCUUUUGAUUGAAAUGACAUAUAUAUUAAAACAGCAUAUGAAAGAUAUAAUGGUUUAUGAUAUGCAUGGAUUGAUGCCAGCUGAUCCAAUAUUACCAAUUGAUUACCCAGACCGAGAGGCUUUAUUUACUUCACCAAAUCCUAAAUACUUCCAAGGAUCAAGAAGAAGUCAGUCUCCAUUUUUUGAAGAGGAUCAAUCCAAUAUGAUUACUCCAUCUGAAUUGGCGAUAUUAGAUUCUUUGGUGAAUGGUGGCAAAGCAUUAAGUCUCAAAGCUCACUUUAUUGAAGAGUUACCAGAUGUUUCAGUUCUUUAUAAUACUCUGCUGUAUCUUAAUUUAUCAUUUAAUGAUUUAAGGGUUUUCCCAGCUGAGAUACUAAAUAUGCGUAAUCUAGAGGUAUUAAAAUUAAGAAAUAACCCAAUUAAAGAAAUACCACAUGACAUCUAUAAACUAAAACAGUUAAAUACAUUAGUAAUAUCUUACAAUCAGAUAUCUUCGCUUCCAAUGAGUUUAUAUACAUUACCAUUGGUCUUUCUUGAUGUAUCUUAUAAUAAAAUCAAAUAUUUACCAAAUGAAAUAAAACAACUACACUACAUAAGAGAAUUGAAUCUAGAAGGUAAUCAGCUGGCUGCUUUACCAAGUAAUGCGCUCAAGUUCAGAUAUCUUCGUUAUCUCAAAGUCAAGAACAAUUUCAUGCAUCCUCUCUUUUGGAAAGAGAACAGCACAAACCAACCACAGCGUUUGUCUGACAUGGCUGCUUUGAUAGUAAAACAACGGCGUAUAAAUGAGACACAUCAACGUGUGAUUCCUGACAAUAUUAACCAUAUUCUAAACAGUCAGUCAGUGUGUGAUUGUUGCAAGGGACCUAUGUAUGGCAGUGGGUUACGUCAAAUUCGUCCUUGCAGUAAAGCAUUUGGGAUACGCAAUCUACCGUUCUACUUCAUGUCAUGUUCACCGUAUUGUAGCAGUCUUUUCAUGAAGAGUACAGAGUCUUUGUCAGAGUUAUUGUAUGAAGAUGAAAGUGAAGAAGAUAUUGCAAAAUAAAUGAAUACUAUAUACUGUAUUAUAAAAACCACUAUGAAAUCAAUGUAUUCAUACCAUGCAUGUAUAUCUGGUGGUUGCAGUGAUGAAUCAAAGCUGAAUGAUGUAUCUUAACAUAUAUAUUAUUUACAAUUGAUAUUCAACAUCAAAUAACAAUACAAGUGGUGCAGACAAAAUGCUGUUUUUUCAUUGUGAAAAUGUGUUAUUUUGAAUUGUAUUUUGAGAAAAAAUAACUAAAUGAAUAAAAUAUACAGAAUCUUUGCAACAAA